AUGAUGCUUUCCGCCCUUUGGCUUUUGCCCGCCAUUAGGCUGGUUUCUACCAGCGCAACCCCAACCUCUGAUGCGGCGACUACCCUUGAUCCAGGGCUGUUUUCAGGGGGGUGUACGCCAGAGAAGAUGACCAUUCGAAAGGAAUGGCGGAAUAUGACCAAGGUCGAACAGCAAAGCUAUCUCCAGGGCGUGAACUGCUUGAUGGAUCUUCCUGCACAAACGGGGCUAGAGGCGACCACGAACCGCUUCAGCGAUCUACAGGCCUUGCACCGCGCCCUUACCAACACCCCAGUGGGUGACAUUAUCCAUAGUGUGGGCCAAUUCUUGCCCUGGCACCGGUAUUUCCUGCAUACUUAUGAGACAUUGCUGAAGGAGCAGUGUGGGUAUACCGGUCCAAUGGCAUGGUGGAAUGAGGCAUACGACACAGAUUCCGGGAACAUGUUCCGGUCGGAGAUGUGGGAUGCAGAUGCGUUUGGUGGCAAUGGCACGGAACCUGAUGGAUGUGUGACCGAUGGGGCCUUCGCAUACUAUACGGAACAUAUUGGUCCCCAGAAUCAAAACACGGUGUUCUGCAUGAACCGCAGCUGGGGAAAUUUCGAGGCGAUAAUGAAUACUACGGGUGCGGCAGUCGCCCACUGCAAUACAUUCGACUCCUAUGACGAAUAUUUUGCCUGCAUUGCCGCCACGCCUCACCGAGGAGGCCACUGGGCGGUUGGCGGAGUGAUGGAAGAUGUGAAGACCUCCCCAGGCGACCCGUUGUUCUAUCUGCACCAUGGCUAUAUCGACCGUCUGUGGUACCGGUGGCAGAUGCAUGAUCCCGCAAACCGCCUAUGGGACAUGGGUGGCCCUGCGAUCAAUGAGUCGGCCAAUGUUGAGCCUGCAUCAGGCUGGCCACAGACAACGCUCAAUUACACCCUGACCACAUUCAAUAUAAUGCCAGAUGUCACUGUGGCCGACGUGAUGAACCCGGUUGGAGGAUACCUCUGUUAUAACUAUGAAGCCUGA